AUGGGAAUAACAAUUCGACAGGCAACUAUCGAAGAUAUACAGGCAAUGCAAAAUGCAAAUUUGCACAAUCUUCCGGAAAACUAUCAAUUGAAGUACUAUAUGUAUCACAUAUUGUCAUGGCCACAGGCAUCUUUUGUUGCAACAACCUAUGACGAAGUGAUAAAUGUGAAUGAUGGGGAAAUUGAAGUUCCAGUUCCUCAGGAUCCCAAAGGUGAUACAGCAUAUAUAAAUAGAGGUGAGAAAAUUGUUGGAUAUGUAUUGGGUAAAAUGGAAGAUGAUCCAGAAGCUGCUGACAAAACUUCCCAUGGACAUAUCACUUCAUUGUCAGUGAUGAGAACGUAUCGUCGAAUGGGUAUAGCUGAGAAAUUAAUGCGACAAUCCUUAUAUGCCAUGUGUGAACUGUUUGAGGCACAAUAUGUCUCCUUACAUGUGAGAAAAUCCAAUCGUGCUGCGUUACAUUUAUAUAGAGACUCGUUGAAAUUUGAGGUUCAAUCGAUAGAAAAAUCGUAUUAUCAAGACGGGGAGGAUGCUUAUGCCAUGAGAUUAGACUUGAAAUUGGAAGAGUUGUUGCCCUCAUUGGCCCAGAAAGCUGAAGAGUCAGACGAUUUAACUAAAGAUUUAUUAGAGGACUGA